AACAUUUUUUCGUAAGUCUACUCUUGCUCUCAUGCACCAAACCCUAGUUGCUAGCCGGCAGAAGCAGAGAGCCUCCAAAACCUACACCUCAUCCCCCAAACUAUGACUUUCAAACGUAGGAAUGGUGGCCGCAACAAGCAUGGCCGUGGCCAUGUCAAGUUCAUUCGCUGCUCUAACUGUGGAAAAUGCUGUCCCAAGGAUAAAUCAAUCAAGAGGUUCCUUGUGAGGAAUAUAGUGGAGCAAGCUGCUGUCAGGGAUGUCCAGGAAGCCUGCGUCUAUGACACCUACACUCUGCCUAAGCUGUAUGUGAAGAUGCAAUACUGUGUUUCUUGUGCGAUCCACUCCCACGUAGUGAGGGUCCGGUCCCGCACUGACAGGAGGAAACGUGACCCACCACAGCGCUUCAUCAGACGCAGGGAUGAUAUGCCAAAGCCUGGUCAGCCUGGUCAAGCUCCUCGUCCAGGUGUUGCCAAUCCUGCUCGUGCUUAAGGCUCUUGAAGUUCCUGAUGUUUGUUUUGUUUUAAAAUGACUUUAAUUUUGCGGACUUGGAGUUGUGUAGGAAGGUUUUGAUUGGUUAAAGUUUAAUGUAAUUUGACACUUUUGUGAAGCUAUGAAUUGUUGAGAAUACUAGUUGGAAUCUCAAUUUUUAUUUAGUUG